AUGCAAUUUUCAAGUACAAAUUUAGUCGCAGCUUUUGCUGCAAUCGUUCAAGCCGCUGCAAUUGAAGACCCCGUUUACGUCAACGAUGCUGUCGCAAAGAGAGACUUGGAUACACUUCUCGGCGCGGUUCAAAACUUGCAAGACGGGGUUGAUAGGAUUUUGAAGAAAAAGAAGAAGAGAGAGUUGAGCUUAGGGGACAAGAGAGAUGUCGGUGCCGUCCUUGGCGCUGUUGAAGGUGUGGUUUCAGGUUUGAAAGCCAAGGUCGAUGGGAUCCUUGGUUUGUGA